AUGAGUCAGAUAGACCCUCCAAUAGUUGGAUACAUUACAAAUCCUUAGACUGGUUAGCAUGAGCAGAGGCUUUUUACUUGUGUGUAAGUACUUGCAAUGCAACCAUAGCAAUAAAAUUCUUAAAACUAUACUAUGCCAAGCCUUUAGCGUGCUUAGUCUUCUAUUCUUAAUAACGGUUAAAAUGUCACUCAAAUUAACUUGCCAAAUGAAAAUGAUAUUCCUAUGAUGUAAUUACCCACUACAAUGAAUAUUCUGGCUGCUAAUCCUGUUGAAAACACAAAUCUUAUUGACUAAGGGUAAAAAGAAGCAAAGAUAACCAAUAUGAUUUAUAAAGUGACUGAAGCUAUUAAACCAACAAAAAUAUCAAAUUAUUAUCUCUUCUUUUUUGGCAUAAAGGUUUUACUACAAUUUAUGCUCUUAAUUUAUAUGUUCGUUUCAAUUGGCUUUUACGCUAAUAGACCUUCAUAUGAUUAUGUUUAAGAAGGUGAUGAUUAUUAUUUCAAGGCUACUUCAAAACCUGUAUCACAUUCUAACUACUACUGUACAAAAGCAUAAAAUCCAGAUAUUCUUUAUCAAAAAAACUACAUCCCAAUUUUGGUUUUUAUGUGA